GAGUGCAGUAUCUCCUUCAAGACAAGGAAAAAAUCGAGUAGAUGGCACUUGCAAGCACAGUUCCCCACACUGGCAAGACCAGCCUGGAUUACUACAGGAAUGACAGCGCAGGGCUGUCUGUCAUUGGGAACCCCGCCAACGACACAGAGCUCAUGUGUGACAGGAGGCAGGUCUGGCAGUUUGCUCGAGCUUUCUUGCCCGUGUUUUUCUGGCUCAUCUUCUUUGUGGGCACGGUGGGAAAUGCCUUGGUCGUUCUCAUCUACUGCAAAUACCGCUUCAGGAGGAGCAUGAUGGACCGCUACCUGCUGCACUUAGCUGUUGCAGAUCUGCUCCUCCUUUUCACCCUCCCUUUCUGGGCCACGGCUGCCUCCAGUGGAUGGAUCUUCAGAAAUUUCAUGUGCAAAGUCGUCAAUAGCAUGUAUAAGAUCAACUUCUACAGCUGCAUCUUGUUUCUAACAUGCAUCAGUUUUGACAGGUACAUCACCAUUGUUCAAGCAACAAAAGCUAAAUCUUCCAAGCAAAGGCGGAUCCUGCGCAGCAAACUCGUGUGCUUGGCUGUCUGGCUGGCAUCUGUCAGCCUGUGCCUCCCUGAGAUAAUGUACAGCCAGAGCAAGCAGAUCGGUGCUGUGACAGUGUGCAAAAUGGCGUACCCGCCCAACGUUGGCAUGGCCUUCAGAGUUGCCGUCCUGGCUCUGAAGGUCACUAUAGGCUUCUUCCUCCCGCUUCUGGUCAUGGUUAUUUGCUACACCCUGAUCAUUCACACCCUCCUCCAAGCCAAAAGAUGCCAAAAGCAGAAGUCAUUGAAGAUCAUCACCAUGAUCAUCACUGCCUUUCUUCUCUCUCAGUUCCCGUACAACAUUGUUUUGCUGAUCAAGACCAUCAACAUGUACACCGGGGCGGUGUACAGCUGCGAGACCAUCAACGGGCUGGACAUUGGGCUGCAGGUCACCCAGAGCAUCGCCUUUCUCCACAGCUGCCUCAACCCCUUCCUUUAUGUCUUUGCUGGGGAGCGUUUCAGGAUGGCACUGGCCAGAAUGGUGCGGAGCACUGGCCGCUACUGGUCUAGAGGCCAGGAGCAGUGCUCCUCCUUGGGUGACAGCCAGGAGCACAGCUCCAACUGGUCCUUUGCCAUGCUGGGGCGGCGGCGGGUGAGGAACUCACUCACCCUAAGCACCCAUUUGGCCUCCUCUGUUGUUCCUGCCUCAUGCCAAGUCUUUGUGUAAGCCAGUGUCUCCUGAGGGUUAUCAAGCAUGUCCUUUUAGACAUCACUCCUGCACCCCAAAGAUUGCCUUGGAGGAGGACUGGCCUCCUUGGUUGUGUCCAGGACUGAACUGGGACACCGAGGGCCCUACAUGUGCUUCCUUCGUGCCCUGCCAAGCCAGACCAGGCCUCGCUCACAUAGAGAAGUGAAACCUUCUGCACCAUGCAGCGAAAUUGGAGCCAGGCAUGUUGUGAGCCAAGCUGACAAGGAAUAAGAGCUAUCUCUGAGGCAGCUCUUAGAACCCAUCCAUUGCUCAAAACACAGCCCAAAUAGCAAGCCUCUCAGAAAAGCCAUGAACAUCAUUCAAGGAUGAACCACACUUCCAUCCAUGGGAAGUGGUGAGGAGGAGCUGGGCCCUUGCUGCAGGACGGCUCCAUGAGAACUCAAUUUUUGGCCAUUGCCUGGUUUCAGAAAGUGAAGGCUGCUCCCUGCACAAAUGGACACAAUGCUGCUUUGUGGGACAGUCAAAGGAAAGCUAAUAUUCUGUACUCACUACAGAAUUAAAUCCUUCUCCUGUAUUUUAGCUCUUUGGUGUAGGGUGAGAGCAGGUGCAAUGUAUUUGCUGCAGUUUGUAUUUCUCUGCAUUGACAAGCCACAAAUCGCAGUAAGGAUUCAAGGUCACUGGAUGCUCUGAGUUUUCUGUCCCCAAGCACUUAAACCCCAAACUGAUGAUUCAACAAGCCAUCAAUUAUGGCACCUUUGCAAAGACAGCAAAAGAUGUUUAACCCAGAACUGAUGAGACAGAGAGUCAUAAGAUCUCAAACCUAUCCUUAGCAACAUUUUGGUUGAGAUGCUCCUCUUAGGGCUGGUGGGGUACAAGAUGCAUUUAGGUGGGAGCUGCAGCAAACCUACCAGUUUCUUGGGAACUGCAGAUGGGCCAACACUGGCACCAUAAGGGUACGGGAGGUCUGCGGCACCGCAAGGCUCCCAGCAGUGCCAAUUCCCGCCCCAAGCACCCCAAGCUUAUGCUGCUUGUUUUAGUGCCCAGGAGGCUUUCUUGUAAAUAACCUAUUUUAAUAAUCUGCUUUGGCGUUAGGUGACUAUCACUCAUUAAAGCAUCUGAGUAAACACCAGUUUUCUGCAAGGCUUGGCACUGCUUUCCUAACUAACACAGUAAAUGUGGGUAGAUGGGGUUCUACUUUGACAUACAUGUUUUGAGUGUUUUUUAUUGUUCUUCAUUUUUGCC